ACAACACAACAGAAAAAUGGCCAAGCGCACCAAGAAGGUUGGAAUCGUAGGUAAAUAUGGUACCCGUUAUGGUGCCUCCCUGCGUAAGAUGGUCAAGAAGAUGGAAAUCACCCAGCACAGCAAAUACACUUGCUCGUUCUGCGGAAAGGAUUCCAUGAAGCGCGCUGUUGUCGGCAUCUGGUCCUGCAAACGCUGCAAGCGUACCGUUGCCGGUGGUGCCUGGGUGUACUCUACAACCGCUGCCGCGUCCGUGCGCUCCGCUGUCCGUCGUCUGCGUGAGACCAAGGAACAGUAAAAACAUUGCUUUAAUGCUCCAUUGCUUAUGCUAGUUCCAGUAGUUAACCCUGGAAGGAUAAUCCUUUUAGGGCUAAUCGACAACGCGAUUUUCUUGUGGUUUGCGCCGCGCCGGUCAAGUGAAAAAUAAUAAAAAUUGUUUUUACUUUUAUCAGUAAGAAAAAUGAA